GUAUAGUGACCACCACCCCGUGACGUAAGGACGCAAGAAGCGGGCGCAUUGCAUUGUGGUCGCCGGUGCCUCGGAAACAGAAAGCAGUGGCGUUUGCGCUCCAUGGAACUACGCCAAGAGAGGCCUUAACAUUAACAUUCAGUCUGGACACAGUAAAAGUUCUGUAGUUUGUGAGCUUUGACCGCCUACAAAAGCAGCCAUGUCGUCGACAUCCCAAAAACAUAGAGAUUUUGUGGCUGAGCCCAUGGGUGAGAAGCCUGUGAUGGCUCUUGCAGGCAUUGGAGAGGUCCUUGGCAAAAGACUGGAGGAAAAAGGUUUUGACAAGGCGUAUGUCGUCCUCGGGCAGUUUCUAGUGCUAAAGAAAGAUGAGGAGCUUUUCCGGGACUGGCUGAAGGACACUUGCGGGGCAAAUGUCAAACAACAAGGUGACUGCUAUGGCUGUCUUAAAGAAUGGUGUGACGCCUUCUUAUAAAGCAUUCAGUCGUUGUUUUAUACUUCUAAAGUCCAAACUGUACAUUACAUCUGUGAUCUUGAUUCAAUUCAGCUACACCAUAUAUAUAUGAACUGACACUGUACAAUCUAGGGAAAGUAUUGAAGUCCAAUUUAUUUUUAAAUUAUACUUAAAGCUGUUAGUGUAUUUCUGAAAUCCUUUGACCCCCAAACUGAAUUCACACAUUACACACACAGGUAGCCCUUUUAUGGCGGACAUUUUAACUUGUCAUAGUAGUAAAAGCAGUAAGUUUAACUAAUAACAGUAAUGGCUCCUGUCCAUUUCGGUGUACCAGUAAGUCAUGUCAUGUCACUGAGCCAGCAUGCAAGUAGCAGGGCUGUGACCCAGGGACACCUAAAUGUAAUGCAGUCCUUAUUAAUGUUAUGCUGUGAGAACCAACUAUAGAGGUGCCUCAGGCUAAAACUGUUGGUUUCCAGUUUUGGGAAAAAUUCAUUCAAUUCUCAUGUUCAUAAUAUAAAUUUUGUCCAACGUCAUUGGAAUAUUGCAUGUACCUUCUGCUAAAGGUUGAAUUUUAAAUGUAUGGUUCAUCCAUUGUUGGUCAUGUACUGGGAAUGUUUUUUUUUUUUUAGCUAAACAUGGCUAGCUUGUUCUAUGUUUAAACCUUAUACCUUCAGACAAAUUUUGAUGUUUUUCAGUUCAGCACCCAUUUUUCUUUCUGUGUAACCUGAUGAUUUAGCAGUACAAUCCAGACUAAUAUUUGUACUCACCUGCCACUCUUGGGCUUCUUACACCGUUUGCCUGUUUUAAAGCCAUUGGAAAGUUGAUGUCAGCUUUUUAUUUUUUAUUUUUUAAAUGGCACAUCGUAUCAAAGUUUACUAUGAUGUACUUUUGGUCCAACAACAAUGUUUAAAAGAGGUGCAUUGUCUGUUUGAACUGUCUUACAGCGGGUGUGACUGAUUUAUGUGACACACAAAAACUAAUCCUCAAAACUAAUGUUACACUGGUUUUAGCAGAUUUUUUAUAUAAUUACACACUUUUAACUUUUGAUCUCAAAUAAAGAAACAACAUGGUCAGACCCCCACAUACGGUCUGUUCAAAGUUUGUAUGAACCCGAAGAUGGAAAAGUAUAUGAAUAAAGAUGCCAAUGCAACAUACUCAAACACUUUCAAAAA